UUGUACGCCAUUGCGAAUUAGCAGACGUGACGUCAACACGGUGCAGUCACGUGACCCGCAAGAUGGCGGCCCUUCACGUGAGCCCGAGAACGAAGCCCAGAUCCUCCUCCCUGAAGAAGCCCCGCCGCCGGCUGGAGAACGUGGAGCUGGAGGAGAUGCGGCCCAGGACCACGUCCCUGCCCACACGCAACGACAUCAUCCGGCCAGGCAUGCGGUACCUGUCUCCCAUCACAGAUCACGAGAACAGCCUUCAACCCCUGAGGUCUUUCAUCACCACCCCCAAGGGCCUCAUCAACCGCGGCGACUCCAUCCGGUCCAGGAGCACCAGCAGCGUCCUGUCCUCCUGUAGCGGCAGCAUGACGGAA